AUGUCAACAUCAUUGCCUCGCCCACUCCGCCCGAAGGAUCGUCGUGGCUUCGAGAUAGCCAUUAUUUGCGCUCUGUCUCUCGAGGCUGAUGCGGUCGAAACCUUGUUUGACCACUACUGGGACGAUGAGGACCUGCCUUUCGAUAAAGAGUCAGGCGACCCGAAUGCCUACUCUACAGGCGUGAUCGGCCGCCAUAACGUUGUUCUCUCAUACAUGCCUGGAAUGGGUAUAGCCAACGCAGCUACCGUAGCUUCUAACUGCGGUAAAAGCUUUCCAGGUAUCAAACUUGCCCUUGUAGUUGGUGUCUGUGGUGUUGUUCCAUUCAAACCCAAUAAGGACGAAAUCGUGCUUGGAGAUGUCAUCAUCAGCGACGGUAUUGUUCAGUACGACUUCGGACGACAACUGCCUGGCCGCUUUGCCCGUAAGGACACGCUAUUGGACUCACUGGGCAGACCGAAUCUGGAAAUACGAGGAGUCCUGGCAAAGCUCAAAUCACUUCGGCAUCGCCGACAGCUAAGUGUAAAGAUAGCAGAAUAUCUCGAUGUUCUUUGCCAGGAACCAGAACUUCGUGCUGAAUAUCCUGGUGUUAUGGAAGACAGACUGUUCAAGGCAUCCUACCGACAUACGGAGGACCGGAAGUCAUGUGGCCAGCUCGGAUGCAACGGAGAGAUUGUGUCACGAAGCCGCUUAGAGGCUGCUGGGGUCCGUCCUUUGCCUGCUGUCCACUUCGGUUUGAUGGCGUCCGGAACUUCAGUCAUGAAGUCUGGCGAAGACCGCGACCGAAUCGCUGCGGAGGAAGGCGUCAUUGCAUUUGAGAUGGAGGGUGCUGGGGUCUGGGAUAGUUUCCCAUGCAUCGUGAUCAAGGGCGCUUGCGACUAUGCUGACAGUCAUAAAAGCAAAGAUUGGCAGCGAUAUGCAGCUGCUAUGGCAGCAGCUUGUGCAAAAGCUUUUCUCAGCUUCUGGGUUCCUUCGUCUACUCAAGAUAUCCCAUGCCUGGCAGCAACGAGCAGCCUUUCUCGAGAAAAUCAAGAUUGUUUUGACCAGACCAGAACUGCAAGUGGUAUCCAUGAAGGUCAAAUUGAACCUGUCUUUCUAGUUCCGUUUUCGGAAAACGAUCUUUUUGUGGGUCGGGAGGAUGUUCUUAUGAAGCUACAAGGUCUACUGUUUGAACAAGGGCGGCAAAAGGUCGCUCUGGUCGGACUUGGGGGUAUCGGCAAAACUCAGAUCGCUCUGCACCUCGCUUUCUGGGCCAAAGAGAAGAAGCAGGACUACUCAGUCUUCUGGGUGCCAGCGCUUAGUCGUGCCAGCUACGAACAGGCAUGUGUGCAGAUCAUAGACGCUCUCGGUAUCCCAACUUCUGACAAAGGUGAUUCCAUCGAGAAAGUUCGCCAACAUUUGAGUUCAAAACGUUCGGGCAAGUGGCUUCUUGUGGUUGACAACGCCGAUGACACACAAACCGUCAUGGGCUCAGCAGGUGUGGAGAGCGGCAUAUACCGAUCGCUUCCUCAGAGCGAGGAAGGGCGAAUCUUGUUUACAACACGAUACCGAAAACUGGCAGUAUCAGUUGCCGGGCGGAACAUCAUCGAGAUACCCGCAAUGAGUCCAAGCGAAGCGACAAGCUACCUCAAGGAGGCAUUGAUUGAGGAAAUCUGUUCGAGUGAUGAGGAAGUCAUGAACCAUCUGUUGACUUUACUGACAUACCUUCCACUGGCCAUCACACAAGCGGCUGCAUACAUGAACGAAAACCAGAAAUCACCCAUAGAGUAUCUACAGCUCUUUGAGAACACAGAUCGUGACCGAAUGGAACUGCUCAGCGCCGAGUUCCAAGACGACACAAGAUACGAGCAGUCUCAAGAUCCUGUAGCCACUACCUGGUUCGUCUCGUUUAACCAGAUCCGCAGGACAGACGAACUUGCCUCACGUCUUCUGAUGUUUUUGGCUUAUGUUGAACCGAAGGCGGUGCCCCUGUCGAUGCUGCCUGAAUGCGAAUCACGCCAGCAAAUGACUCGAGCAAUUGGAACAUUAUGUGGCUAUAAAUUUCUAGAUAAGCGAGGAUCCGACAAGGUAUUCGACAUGCAUAGCUUGGUACAUCUGGCAAUAGAGUCAUGGGUUGCGAAGAAUGACUCGGGUAAAAUGCAAAGCCAGGCAGCAAUAGCACGUCUAAGAGAAGUGUUCCCGACGGAUGAUUGGGAAAACCGAGAUAUAUGGCGGCAAUACCUGCCACACGCAAUUAAAGUUCUCAGAUGCGCUGAUGAUGAGUGGAGCGAAGACCUAUGCGAACUAGGUUAUUGGGUUGGCCGAUGUUUGGCUAUAGAUGGGCGUGUGAAGGAAGUGGUAGAGCUACUAGAGCAUGUGGUUGCAAUUAGAGAGACGACACUUGCGGAGAGCCACCCAUCACGACUGGCGUCACAGCACGAAUUGGCAACAGCAUAUGAAGCCAAUGGGCAGGUCGCAGAAGCAGUGAAGCUACUAGAGCAUGUGGCUGCAGUUAGAGAGACGACACUUGCGGAGAGCCACCCAAACCGACUGACAUCACAGCAUGAACUGGCAAUAGCAUAUGAAGCUAAUAGGCAGGUCGCAGAAGCAGUGAAGCUACUAGAGCAUGUGGCUGCAGUUAGAGAGACGACACUUGCGGAGAGCCACCCAAACCGACUGACAUCACAGCAUGAACUGGCAAUAGCAUAUAAAGCUAAUGGGCAGGUCGCAGAAGCAAUGAAACUGCUAGAGCAUGUGGUUACAAUUCAAGAGACGACACUUGCGGAGAGCCACCCAAACCGACUGGCAUCACAGCACGAACUGGCAAGAGUAUAUAAAGCCAAUGGGCAGAUUAUAGAAGCAGUGAAGCUGCUAGAGUAUGUGGUUACGAUUCAAGAGACGACACUUACAGAGAGCCACCCAUCACGACUGGCGUCACAGCACGAAUUGGCAACAGCAUAUGAAGCCAAUGGGCAGGUCGCAGAAGCAAUGAAACUGCUAGAGCAUGUGGUUACAAUUCAAGAGACGACACUUGCGGAGAGCCACCCAUCACGACUGGCAUCACAGCACGAACUGGCAAUAGUAUAUAAAGCCAAUGGGCAGGUCGCAGAAGCAGUGAAGCUGCUAGAGCAUGUGGUUACAAUUCAAGAGACGACACUUGCAGAGAGCCACCCAUACCGACUGACAUCACAGCAUGUACUGGCAAUAGUAUAUGAAGCCAAUGGGCAGGUCGCAGAAGCAAUGAAACUGCUAGAGCAUGUGGUUACAAUUCAAGAGACGACACUUGCGGAGAGCCACCCAUCACGACUGGCAUCACAGCACGAACUGGCAAUAGUAUAUAAAGCCAAUGGGCAGGUCGCAGAAGCAGUGAAGCUGCUAGAGCAUGUGGUUACAAUUCAAGAGACGACACUUGCAGAGAGCCACCCAUACCGACUGACAUCACAGCAUGUACUGGCAAUAGUAUAUGAAGCCAAUGGGCAGGUCGCAGAAGCAGUAAAGCUGCUAGAGCAUGUGGUUACAAUUCAAGAGACGACACUUGCGGAGAGCCACCCAUCACGACUGGCAUCACAGCACGAACUGGCAAGAGUAUAUAAAGCCAAUGGGCAGAUUAUAGAAGCAGUGAAGCUGCUAGACCUACCCUAUACCAGACCACCCGCGCAGGUCAACCUCCAAGCCGACAUCCAAAUCGACAAAGAUGAACUGGCCUACCCUAUACUCAUCCCCCCACAGGCAAAUACGCAUGAGCCGACAUCCAAGUCGACCAAGUUCAACCAGCCUACCCUACACCCCUCGAGGCACGCAGCAGCACAAGACCGGGCUCCUGAUCGCUCGACACGCAAACGAUUUUCACCAAGUCAAACCUGCUUACCCUGCACCCGCCGCCCGGAGACGACACAUCAAAAACCCAAAGGCCCACAACCCCUACAACUCCCUGAAUUGCUCAGAGAAAUCAUUGGGGAAAUCGAGGCGAAGGACGGCUUACCCUCAGCAGAUCGUAACAACAAGGCUACUCUACUGCUUACAGGACCGUUUCGCACAGCUAAGUCGUCUGCAAAGGAUUUGACCCCGCUCGUGUUAAAAUUACAAUACGCGAAAUACCACGACACGCUUCGAGCGCCGUGGAAGAAUCGCCUGCUAAGACGCUAA